CUCCCUACUGAACACGACCCAGCUCUGAAUUCUGCCAGAGCUCAAUAAAACCCACUACUCACUGAGGUGAAGUAAGAGUUAAUGAAAGAUGCAAGAACAGCAGGAGUAGGGACCGUUCUGUCUCAGCAUGUGCUGCUGCCGCUGUCCAGGCUGAUACUGCAGUGAAGGAAAAUGUGUCAAUUUUCAUUGGACAGUAGUCCCCUCCGGAAUGGUGAAUGAGCCUGUAACUGACGAUCAGACGAUGUCCUGGUUGCGGAUGGUACAUCUUCACAUUGACCGUUGGUCCUGAGGUGCAUUUCCGUGGAAUCUACAACCGUGGGCGACAAUCUCCCGACCUACGUUUCUCCUCCACUAGAUAAAGAGCGAGGGGCCGUCACCAUGGUGUAACGGGUGUCGUUGAACUAGACCUACAGUAUGGCACGCCAAACCAACCAUUAGACCAAGAGGAAAUCCUUGUGGUCUGAGGGCGACAUUUGGGCUUACAACUCUUAGGGAGGACUUCCUUAUCACGAGGGCGUAAUUCCAAAUCGCAUCCACCGCAAUGGCAACCCCGGCACCCUCACCAGUGCCUCUGACGGUCCUGUCUCGCUGGUACCUGUACGCCAUCCACGGCUACUUCUGCGAGGUCAUGUUCACCGCCGCCUGGGAGUUCGUGGUCAACCGCAACUGGAAGUUCCCUGGUGUGACCAGUGUAUGGGCUCUGCUAAUCUACGGGACCUGCAUCCUCAUCGUGGAGCACAUGUACCUGGCCCUCCGAGCUCUCCGCUGCCCCGUGCUGCUGCGAUGCCUCAUCUAUACCCUAUGGACGUACAUCUGGGAGUUCGGUACAGGGCUGUUGUUGACCCAGUUCGAUGCCUGUCCCUGGGAUUAUUCCCAUUUUCAGUAUAACUUUAUGGGGUUGAUCACAGCGGAGUACGCCCUGCCCUGGUUUUGUGCAUCUUUCAUGACGGAGCGACUGGUUAUACGCAACACGCUGCGUUUACGGAUGGACAGGGUGGAAGGGGACCAGUCGGAUGCAGGCGGGGGAGGACGAAGGAAAGCGUGGGGCGAACAAAGAGGAGCCAACUGCUCUCUUAAAUUGGACUGAUCAAAGAACAAGGGCAUUUCCUAAUUUGGGAAAAGUCCAUCCUCCACCCUCGCACCUCUGCCCUCUCUCUUCUGUGACCUGGAAACCGAUAAGUGGUCGAGGAGAGUGUCAAUUUGUUAGUAGAAAAAUGGAAGACAGUCCUCCCCUCCUCGGUAGCCUCCUUUUGGCAAGGAAGCACAAGUGUAUCAUACCUGAGUCCUUUGCGGAAGAGUUUUGAAAUCUGCCAUACCCGCUUUGAAUCAGCAAUUUUUUUCUCAAAGGAGAAAAUCAUGCAAACAUUUAAAAACGAUAUGCUACUUAUCCAUUUAUCUACAAAAUGUCUUGCACGACUGGCUACAUUUGUUUUGAUCACUUUAUACAUUUAUUUGGGGAUUCCACCCUUCAAAAGUAAUUUUCUUGAUUGACUCAUGAUGGGAGAAGGAGAGUCUCAUUUCAUACAAGUGCAUUUUCAUCCACAUUCCCUCUCCUCACCACCUCUCCACAAUUACCUUUGACCUUUUUCAAAAGGAGGCCAGAGAGGACGGAGGAGAGAGGACACAGGAGUUGAGCAUGUCCAAUUGAGAAAAGGCCACUGAAUCUGAAUCACUCUGGAAUCCCACUCAAGCACUAAAACAUUGUAUUAAAUACAUAAGUACUGUAUAUCUGUAUAGCUUCAAAAGAAAUCUGAAUAAGGUGCUAUAUGCAAUAUGUUCAUAAUUCAUUGUCAUGGAGAAUGAUUUUCUACAGUUAGUGAUAACCCACAAUACUUGGAAAUGCAUGAGGGAGGUGUUUACCCCAAAAGUUCUGUAUGCACUGUAGUCUGUUUACUCAUAAGCUAUUUGCCUAUUGAGAAAUUAGGUCUCAGGUAACUUACUCAAUGAAUUGUGUGCUAUUUCUACUGUAUAUCUGUUCUUCCAAAUGAAAGACAAAUCCCAAAUCAGGAUUUCUGAUUUUCAUGUGAUGUAAUCAUUCACUAUUAGCCAAGGAUGUUGUCACCACACUGAAAGAGCUGCUGCUGCUGCCUUGUGGACUUGAGAUGAUACUGCAUCUGAAAGCUUAAUCUGAAGUCUCAAAAAUAGGACUAUAGGAGCUGUAUUCCUCCCAGAUAUAUCUUUGGUUUUUCCCUAUAAUGGCCCUUGCUUUAUGGCCUCUGGUACUGUUUUGAUAAUGCAAAAUAAUGUGUAUCUCAAACCACAAAGGGGAUUCAAAAGCAAUACAUUAAAGGCCCAUUGCAGCUGUUUUUAUCUCAAUAUCAAAUCAUUUCUGAGUAACCAUUAAGUACCUUACUGUGAUCGCUUUGAAUGAAAAUGGUCAAAAAGAAACAAAACAAGCUUCUCAGUGGAGGAGUAAAGAGUAAUUUCUCAAGCAAGAAUUUAGCUAGGACUGUCUGGGAGUGGUCUGAGUGGGGAGUGGAAAACUGAAAACUAGCUGUUCUUAUUGGUUUAUUAACUAAUUUACCACCUGGUGAUGUCACGUUGGAGGGCCAAAACUCUAUCCCACCAAAACAGACAAGAAAUUCAGCCAGUCUUUUCAAACAUAUCUUACACUAAAAGGGCAUUAUCAUAAUUUUCACAUUUUCACAGUAUUAUUCCAGUCUCAUAGUGUGAAAAUAUAUAUAAAACACAGGAUAUCACAUUUUUGACUGCAUUGGGCCUUUAACCAAUGAUUAUAUGAAUCCUUGAGUCAACAUAGAAGUCUAUAGUUUGACUACUGUCUACCAGUAUAUAACUUUGUGCAGAUAAUGUCUUUAUUCAAAAAUGCACUGCGUUGAUGAUUCAAUUGAAGUGUUUAUUUUCAAAACGCUAUAUCCACCAAUUUUUUACAUUUGUGUUUUUUUCAUCAGAAAGGAUUGCUUAUGGGUACCUUCAUGUGUAAAAUAUUACUGUUCUCAAAUGUUUUUAUUCAUAGAUAUGUGUAUGAAUUUUUUGUUUUGUUGCAAAACUAUACUGUGAGUUAUAUAUUAAUAUUGAGUUGCACCCCCUUUUCCCCUCAGAACAGCCUCAAUUAUUUUGGGUAUGGACUCUACAAGGUGUCGAAAGCGUUCCACAGGGAUAUUGACUCCAAUGCUUCCCACAGUUGUGUCAAGUUGGCUGGAUGUCCUUUGGGUGGCAGACCGUUCUUGAUACACACGGGAAAUUGUUGAGCGUGAAAAACCCAGCAGUGUUGCAGUUCUUGACACACUCAAACCGGUGCACCU